CACACACACACACAUCGUCAUUGCCAUUGCUGUAACAUGCUAUAUUUUUAUACUAUAAAAAGAGCGUUGUCAUUUCGUCAUCCUUCCAAUUCCCAAGAGCAACACAGAGGCACAGGCAGAGAGAGAAUUGGUUCUCUGCUGCUACUCUGCUCUGGUAAUGCUUGGGAGUGAGUGAUAAUAAACUGUUAGAUAAGCAGGCACCACCGCAGACUCUCUCUCUCUCUCUCUCUGUAGAGUGUGUAGUGUGUGUGUAAUGAGCUUUUAAGUUUUCUUUACAUUUUGUCAUCCACAAAUCAAAAAAUGGGGUUCCUGCAAGCUUCCUAAUUAAGCAUUUCUAGCAGCAGCAGCAGCUUUCUUGUAAACAAGUACCAGUGUGUCAUUUUCGCCUUGAUAUUUCUUCCUUAGUAGUUCAGAUUCUUUCUUGAAAAAGUAGUGUGGUAGGAGUUGGAAAGUGGGUAUGGGCAGGGAGUGGCUAUACUGGAUUGGCGGCGGCGGAGGUGGUGGUGGAAGUGGGAGGUCCUCCACCAGGAAAGGGAAAGUGUCUGGAGAAUUAACGGGAGACGCAGCGGCCACUUCAGCUGGCUGCAUGUGUGCUGUUUUCCAGCUGUUUGAUUUGCAUCAUUUUCCUUUGAAUCAGCAGCACAAGUCUGAUUUCCCUCCUGAAAGUCCUCUUCAAGAACAUGUCACUACAUCUAAAGGAGUAGAGGCACCAAGAAACAGCUUGGAGCUGGAGCAGCUAUCCACCAUGAAUGCUGCUUCAAUGUCAUCAGCCAUGAAAGAUGAAGAAAAUUUAAAUUUCCCGGUUGGCAUUCAAAUCAAAACAAGCAAAACGAUGGUAUCAUCACCAAGAGUCUCCACUUCUGCAUCAAGAUCAAGAACAGAUGAUUUUUCUUCAGAAUGCAGCAGUAAUUCCCCUGGAGCAAAGACUCCAAGUCUAGUAGCCAGGCUCAUGGGCCUGGAUGUACUCCCGGAGUGUAGCUCCCCUUCAUUUUCCUCCUCAAAUUCCAGGUCCCAUUUGCUCCGAAAUCCCCCCAAAAAAGAGAGAAAUCUUCUUCAGAACAGAUCAAGCAGAAACUUUUCUGAUGAUGAUAUCAGCGUCGGGGCCCGGUCCUUACCCGAAACACCAAGAAUAUCAUCAGCCAGAAGGUCUGACGUUGAGUAUCACAGGCUCUCUCUCCAAAUAAACAAGGAGAACAUAAUUGAAGAAUCUGCACACUCCGACAAAAUGGUGGGGCGAAGGGGAAGAUUUUCCAGGGUACAGCUGCAAGAUGAGAAUAGAAGUCCAGGCCAUUAUGCUAAGCAAAUUGUGAAGCAAGUUAAAGAAAGCGUAAGCAGAAGAGUGGGGCUCGACAUCACCAACACCGGCAGAAAUAGAGAACAAAUUAGUACUAGAAGAGAUGAGAACCUCAUUCUUCUCAAGCCCAUAAAGAAAAACUCCAAGAAUUUGUCAAGAUUUGAGGAAGAAACUAACCCUGAUGGAAAACAAUCAGUUACACCAUCUUGUUCCCCAAGGCUCAGAUUCUUGGACCCCAACAAGAACAAACCACUAAUCAUAAACUCAGGCACCAAUAGUCCAAGAAUUUCAUCAUCUUCUGAUGCUCAUCAGCAAGCACAGGGCAUUACAAAGCCUAAGCCUCAACCGAUCAUUCCAUUGCAAGAGCAGCAGCAGCAGCAGAAGGAUAGCAAGAAAGUUGGAGGAAAUAAUGGAAAACGUAGUUCAUCACAUCUCAAGAAAUUACCCCCUCAGGCUUCUGAUUAUGCCAUCAGAAACAAGAAAGAGGAGCCGUUUGUUCUUUCACCAGCAACGAGCUUGGCAGACAAGAAGCCCAAGAAAACUCCAUUAUCAACUGAUAUUCUCAACAUAUUGCAUGUCAAGAAAGACCCUUCUCCUCCUCCCACAAAAUUACCUCAAAAACAGGUAUCAGAUGCUCUUUCAUCGAAAAGGAGCACACAGUUAUCUAGUAAAACGAGCCAUUCGUACAAGCAGCUGCAGCUACACCCAGAUAAAAUAUUCAGUGUCCCAGAAAACGUCCUACCAGACAGCACUAACGGUUGCGCCACCGCUCCCCCCGGCCGCACCGCGGCGGAGUACGGAAGUUACAUCCAAAGAAUCCUCAACCUCGCUGGCAUCAUCAACAAUGUCAGCACUCCAUCAACGUUAGUCAAAUGGCACACUUCUUCACACCCCAUUGACCCCUCAAUCUUCCAUCAUCUCGAACUCUCUCACCCCAGCAGCAGCAGCACCACAACCUCCGCCACUGGCGGUGGCUGCAGCACCAUUUUAAGUCGUCGUUGCAACAGAAAGCUCAUUUUUCAGCUAGUAAACGAACUUUUGUCUGAAAUUUUAAGACCCCACUUGAAUUUAAGGCUGCCGAUUCCUCCCAUUACAAGGGUCGAGCAUUUCCCGUUGGUUGACGAACUGUGUAAGAAAAUAGACAGCUUUCCAGCGUCCAACUGUCAGGUUCUUGAAGACAUUGAUUCUCUAAUAGAUAAAGAUCUGCGCAAGUCGCAAUUAAACGGGUUCUUUGAGGAAGAAUGGGAGAACAUAGUCUGCGAGCUCGAAACUGAAAUUCUGGAGUCGUUAGUUCGUGAAACGGUGGCGACGGUGGGUGGGCGUACGGCGGAUGAACGGACAGAGACUGACAAGUAUCACGUGGGAGCUUCACGUGAUCUGAUGCCAUUGGUUGGUUUUUAAUGGGAUCUCAUGUGGAAGAUCACUAGACUUGUAUAAAGUAAAAACGGUGUGGAAUUAGAGGGGACACAGACACACAUGGGUAAUUUCGCCUUUUUCUACUUUUCUUCGAGUUUUAUUACGGGGUACAGGAUUCCAGUUUGCUUACCACGGCUUAUCUUUUUAACUUCUUUCUCUAGAUUUUGAUGUAAUUAAGGUAGUGUAAAUAAUAAUAUUAUCAGUUCAGGUGUAAGUUUUCGUGUAACUUUUACUAUUUGUUGCAAGUGUUUUAGCUGGUAAUGUAUA